CUGGUGGAAAAGCACCAUGCUACAUGCACAUUGUAAAACCCACCGGUUGUAUGACAUCUGUUGCACCAACUGUCAGAACAUAAAAUGCCAGGGGGUUUACAGAAUUGCUGAACCCUGUCACCCUUUUGUUGAACACCAACCAUCUUGCCGCUAACACAACACUUAUUUAUUUCUGAAUGUUUUGGAUUAGAUUCAACUGUAUUGACAUUGAACAGUACCAGUGCAAAUAGAAGAAAGAAAAAUUACAAGUAUUUAGAUGUAUUAAGUAUAUGUGCAUUACAUGUGCAAUGUGUUGGAUACCAUUCCGUUCAUUCCUUUUUAGUCUUUACAAUGAGCCGGUCCUAUAGCUCCUGGCAGCUGUCAACCCUGAUGUACAGUGGACUCCAGCCCUGUUGGUGGAAGUAACCAGCGCAAACCCGAAAAAGACGAGGAGUUUACUACUCAGAUUGUAGUUCAUAACAACUGUAUAGAAUGUAUGUUACAUGCAAGGAAGUUAGGUUGAUAACUCUACUGGAGGGUAUUUUACUGUAACAUCAGUGAGGUAAACCUAAUCUUAACAACCAGGUGAACUUUACCACAGGUUCCAAAGUCCAAACGUGCUACACUCCAACUCCAUGUCGUUUUGUUUCAGUAUCUUGCCAAUAUUAAUUUACCCCAAACUAUUACUGUUAUGGAGAGGCUCACAGAAGACCUAGUUAAAUACAAGGAUUAUGUAUUUGCAAAGGAUUUCACCACAGCUGAGUAUAUUGACUCUCUGCAGACCUUUGAGAUCAGGGAAAGUGACAUAUUUUUUGUCACUUAUCCAAAGUCAGGAACUAUCUGGGCACAGCAGAUCAUCACCUCUAUCUGUGAAUAAGACAUAGGUGAUGUCUACCACAACAACUUGGAGACGAUGCCAUGGCUGGAGUAUACAGAAAAACGCCCUGACUACUCCUUGCGCCCCGACCCGCGGCUGUUUGCCUCCCACCUCACCCCUGCACUCAUGCCCCCAGGCCUGAAAAUCAGGAAGACAAAGAUAGGGUGGAGAACCUGAAGCUGGGAGACCAGGGUCUCUUUUACAACAGAGCCCAGUCUUACAAAAAAAACACAAAUAAAAUGGAAAAUAAACAUCCAUUAAGAUAAACAAUCAAAAUAGACAAAUGACUUACAGGCACAAUAACAUUUUACUUUUGAUCAACCUGAAUGGAAUUUCAUGUUUUACCCAAUUCCAAUUCUGAAUAGGCCUGCAGUAACUAUCCAGUCCUGAGAGUGUUUGGCAAACUGCUGCUUUUACAGCUAAUUAACUAUGUUAAAUAUUCAGGAAGGUUUUGGCAUCAAUGCCUUUUACAAAACAUCAACCAAAAUCUGUCCCUUCUAGAUUGUAGUAACCCUGAGGCAUGUAACAGUGAUGAGUGCGAACAUUUGCACCAGUGAUAAAAUGCAAGGCCGAAUGAGAGACUGUAUCCAGAGAUUUCAGUACAGAACCUGAGGUUUGCCUUAAUAGUAUAUCAGCAUAAUCUAGGACAUAAAAUCCCAUUUCCAAAAAAUUUUGAAUGCUGUGUAAAAUGUAAAUAUAAACAGAAUACAACAGCAAAUGGCACCAUAUUCCCUAGAGGGUGCACUGGCUGUGGCUUGGGCCCAAAUGUCUGUAAAUGUACAGUUUUCCUGUUCUUCUUUGUCAGAUCAUUUACGUGAUGCGUAAUCCAAAGGACAAUGUGGUCUCCUACUAUCACUGGUGUUUUAACUGGGCCGCGUUUAAGAACCCAAAAAGCUUUGAAGACUUCCUGGAUCAGUGGUUAGCAGGGAAUGUUGGUGGUGCGUCCUGGUUCAACCACAUCAAAGACUGGCAUGGCAAGAGAGACCAGUACAACAUCCUGUUCCUGACCUAUGAGGACAUGAUCCUGGAUCUGAAGACAGCUGUGAUGAAGAUCUGCUGUUUUCUAGAGAAAGACCUGAAUGAAGCAGAUAUCAACAAGAUAGUAGAAAGGGCCAGCUUUAAGAACAUGAAGCAUGACCCCAAGGCCAACUAUGAGUUCUUACCGGAGGACAUACUGAAAAAGGGCCAGUUCCUACGCAAAGGUAAAGUUGGGGACUGGAAGAACAUGUUCACCGUGGCCCAGAAUGAGAGUUUUGACCAGAUCUUUGAGGAGCAGAUGAAGGAUGUACCUCUGAAAUUCAUCUGGGACAUAGAUCAGCCAUCAUACUGAUUGGAGUCUCAACUAGCUGGCUUCCUGUUCCACGCAUUCAGGAGAUUCUGAAUAACAGUA